UGGAUAUUGAAAUGAAAUCAAUCUUCCUUCUGCCACUGAAAUUGAUGUCUUUCGACUGACUAGAAUUUUAUAAAGUAAACGCUGGGCUGCUGACGGGAAGUUGAAAAGAUGAAUGGAAUAAAGAAGCAAAAGCAGAAGUUAGUUACUGGACCAGCUUUUAGCUUUGAUUAGCUUUGAAUUUUAUUCUACAUCUUUGACUGACCAUUUUCAAAGACGCGGUAUUUGACCUGGAAAUAAUGUAGCAGCUGCACAGCACGGCAGUCUUCAUUUACCUGCGAAACUAUCGUUACAAUUUCUCCGUAAGACUCAGUCUUCUUCACUCGUACCUUUAAUUUAUGCUGUAUUUUAUUUCACGGUUAGGCUUAAAUUGUACUUAACCACAAAGCCCAAGUCAGAAGUCGGUGACCUGUAGAAUAAAAUUCAAAGGACUACUGGAAAUUCAGAUCUUCAAAGUUGAAGAACGAUAACCCCAUUUGAAUUUGGUGGCCGGUUUAAGGUUUUGAAUAAGGGAAAGAUUGAGAGUCGAAGAACUCUAUAUCAUCAUUAUCUGAUAUUGUUUUCUGUUUUUCGAUUUUUUAGUUGACAAUUAACCUGGAUAGGAACAAUCUUAUUUUCUUCCUCCUGUCUGCUUAAGAGUCGGUCAAAAAAUAAAUAAAGUGAGAAGAGAAGAAUUCUUCAGAUGGGCAAUUGCUGGGCUUCUCCGACUAAUGAUCCUGCACCAAAUGCUUCUGGUCAGCUGAGUAGUACAGUAGGGAUAUCUCAGACCACCCAGACCGUGUCUUCGGGGACGAGCAAUAUGUCCCGGAACAGCCAGUUCUCAGCAUCAAGUGGAGAUGAUGUUUUCCCGAAUGGGCAGAUUUUGCCCACCCCAAGCCUAAGGGUCUUCAAUUUUGCAGAACUGAAGGCUGCAACCAGGAAUUUCAGAAGUGAUACGGUGCUUGGAGAGGGAGGAUUUGGGAAAGUCUUCAAAGGUUGGCUAGAUGAGAAGGCCCCUGGGAAGAGCGGAAGUGGAACUGUAGUUGCCGUGAAAAAGCUGAACUCUGAGAGCUUGCAAGGAUUUGAAGAGUGGCAGUCGGAAGUAAAUUUUCUGGGAAGGCUUUCUCACCCUAACCUUGUAAAGUUGUUGGGAUACUGCUGGGAAGAAAAAGAGCUACUUCUUGUUUAUGAAUUUAUGCAGAAGGGUAGCUUGGAGAAUCAUUUAUUUGGAAGGGGCUCUUUUGUUCUGCCAUUGCCAUGGGAUAUAAGACUAAAGAUUGCGAUAGGGGCAGCUCGAGGCUUGGUUUUCCUGCAUACAUCUGAGAAACAAGUUAUUUACCGAGACUUCAAAGCCUCGAAUAUACUUCUUGAUGGGUCCUAUACUGCCAGGAUAUCUGAUUUCGGCUUAGCAAAAUCUGGUCCUUCAGCUAGUCAAUCUCAUGUAAGUACACGAGUUAUGGGCACAAGUGGUUAUGCUGCUCCAGAGUAUGUUGCCACAGGGCACUUGUAUGUAAAGAGUGAUGUGUAUGGUUUUGGAGUUGUAUUAAUAGAGAUUUUAACUGGUCUGCGAGCGGUGGAUACAAACCGUCCAAGCGGACAACACAAUUUGGUUGAAUGGAUCAAACCAUAUUUAUAUGAAAAAAGAAAGUUGAGGAACAUGAUAGACUCUAGGUUAGAGGGAAAAUAUCCCUCCAGAGCUGCAUACCAAAUUGCUCGGCUUGCCCUUAAAUGCAUUGAAAGCGAGCCCAAACAUCGCCCUGCAAUGAAAGAAGUACUUGAAACACUAGUACGGCUUGAAGCAUCUAAUGAAAAACCACGAGAACCCAGGAAUCAUUCUACUCGUCCUGUUGCUCAGCGGCAUGGCCAUCAGCCUUUGCCUCAUCGAUCUCCAAUUCAUGUCAGAAACAGUGUAAGAUAAUUUUGAUGCAUUUAUUUGUUACAUAUUAGAAGCAUAGUAUUGUUAUUCAUAAUGAGCAUUGUUCAUGUAUGAAACUCCCUCUCCCUUGACAAUGUGAAGUUGAGUUUAGUUGCAGCUAGUAAUACUAAUAUAUCCAUUCAGAAGAAUUGUACUUUGUUUCUGUAAUAUGUCAACAGAGUAUUGCUAUAAAUCCCUUUCCUUUUUGUUAGCAA